AAAGUUGCAAACAACCUGCAGCAGCAGUAACUUUCUGGGCUGCUACAGCUGCAUGUGUUCAAGGUGCCUUUGAUGUGUGCAGCAGCUUCUGGAAAGUGGACUGCAGCUUUCCCACUCAUCAGCCCUCCCUCUCCCCCACCCUCCCAGCCUCCCCUCCCACCACCGCCACUUCUUCAGCCCACACAUGCAAUUUGUUUGAGAAAAAGUGAUGAAAUGAAAAAGAAGUGGUGAAUUACCCAAGCGACUUUCCUUAAAAAGCGAGCAAGCCUGGGAAGAGGAGCCCCGCGCAGCCCGCACAGCGCACCGGAGCUGGCCAGGAGGGACCAUCCGGCGACUGAGCAGGGACCUGUGGGGGCUGUAUGGUUGGUGGAGCGUAAUGUAUCUCUGCAGCAAGAUGCAAAAAACCUUAUCUGCUUGCAUUUGACUUGUGAUGCCGGCUUCUCACUAGAAUGCAAACCCUUGCACAGGAUGAAAACAGGACAUUCUUCCAGAAUGCCAGAGGAAAGUUCACCAAAGCGGAGUCCUCUAAACAUCCCGUAUAAGGACCUGCCCCAUAUCAUCAAUGCUGAUGGGCAAUAUCUCUUCUGCAGGUAUUGGAAGCCAGCAGGAACUCCCAGGGCCCUCGUGUUUAUCGUUCAUGGUGCUGGGGAACACUGCGGCCGUUAUGAUGACUUGGCCCAGAGGCUGACAGAACUUAACUUGUUUGUAUUUGCCCAUGACCACGUUGGCCAUGGGCAGAGCGAGGGUGAUCGUAUGGUUGUGUCAGAUUUCCACGUCUUCAUCAGGGACAGCUUGCAGCACGUUGAUCUCAUGAAGAAAGAGCAUCCUGGCCUCCCCAUUCUCAUUCUGGGGCACUCCAUGGGGGGAGCCAUCUCCAUUCUGACAGCUAGUGAGAGACCCAGUGAGUUUUCAGGCAUGCUGUUAAUCUCUCCUUUAGUGGCAGCCAGCCCAGAAGUCGCCACACCCAUCAAGGUUUUUGCAGCUAAAGUGCUCAACUUUGUUCUCCCAAACCUGUCCCUGGGAUCAAUAGACCCAAAUGCAAUUUCCCGGAACAAGAAGGAGAUGGAAUCGUACACAGCAGAUCCCUUGGUCUACCACGGUGGCAUGAAGGUCUCCUUUGUCAUCCAGCUGAUGAAUGCCAUUGCCAGAAUUGAGCGAGCUCUGCCCAAGCUGACUCUGCCCAUCCUGGUGCUACACGGCUCUUCUGACAAGCUCUGUGAUAUCAGAGGGUCCUAUUUACUGAUGGAUACAGUGCAGAGUCAAGACAAAACACUCAAGGUGUAUGAGGAAGCCUAUCAUGCCCUCCACAAAGAGCUGCCCGAGGUCACUACCUCUGUCUUCACGGAAAUACUGACAUGGGUUGGCCAGAAGGUCUCAGCAGCUGGGGAAACCAGCCAUACUUAAGAGCAAUUAUUUUUGCAACUCUUACUGAGGUUUUCUGGGGAUAGAUGCUGUUCUUAAUAGAAGUCUCUCUGAAAAAGAUCUAACACAGAGGGACUCUUGGGAUGUUUUACCAUGCACAGCAUGAGGGAGGGUGGGGGGAGAGGCACAGGAUGGAGCACUUUUUGCUCGCAAAAAUGAGCCCUAAUCUCAGAAAGAAUUUAUAGCUGUGGGAGCAGCCAUUAAAGCUUUCCAGAUUGGGUAGUUUUAUUAAACAGUCCCUUACCCACUAAGCCUCCUCCAUCGCUUCCCCUCCUCUGUUUUGCUGAGGUGCCAGGAGUGUAUUUAUACUGCAAUAACUUUUAGUAUGUUAAACAAGUCCAUAUCUUCCAUUUUAUGGUUUUAAUUCCAGGUAUGUACAGUCCCAUCCCUCUUCCCACUAUCCAGUACCUUUAAAGUCCUGGCCCUUGAGAGGAGAAUGCUUGCUGGGUAAUGAAGAGAGGCUGAAAGGCAGAGCUGAUGGGGGGUGGGAACAGACUCACGCUUGAAAGUGAAAGGCUGGUUUUCAAGGUCAGACUCCUUUGGAUGCUACCUUUAUUAGCAGGCCAGACCCAAGGGGAGAGAAUAAACAGUGUGUAUUUUCUCCCCCCCCACCCCAACUCCUCUGUGAGUUUGCGCUCUGGGAAAGCAUGUUGAACAGCUUUUUAAUUUUCAUCAUCAGAACAGAAUCCCAGAGGGGAAAAGGAUGAAUGUAGAAUCAAACCCACUUAGCACAUUCAAAAUCCAUGCUAUUCCCAGUGCGAACCCCCCCCAUCUCCUCUGCGAGAUGAACUGCUCUGUAAAUAUUCCUAGGGGCUGCUUUCUUUCUUUCUUUCUUUUUUUUCCUCAUUAUUGGAUUAAUUACUUGUGCUACUGAAACUAAAGAGCAAAGUCAGAGUUUUAAGAGAAUAUCGUAAUAUAAUAUAUGAUAUAUAGAGAGGUGGCUGGGAGCUGGGGAAGAAAUGGGAGGAGAGUCUAAAGAAAGGGUUAAUUGUUUCUUCCCUUGGCAGGGGAUAAUGUUGUCCUACCAGGAUCCAGUUCUCUCACCAUAACUUUACAGUCAUAAUCUGUUGUUUUCCUUCAUCAGUUGGAAAAUGUCCUGAAAAAAAUGCUGCAGAGAAGCACAGAGCAGCUGGUGGUUGGGGAGUAGCAGUGGGUGUCCUCAUGGUCCACCGGUUUAGUAGGAGACCCAAAGCAUGAAUAGAAAUCCCUUCCAAGCGCUCCCCGUUCUCCUCCUAAGCAGCACAGCCACCUCUGGCAGGAUCGGCACAGGGUUGAGCUCCCCCCUAUAUGCGAGGUGGGGCGCUAAAGGCAGGGUGUAGGGUACAAUCACCUGUCCAACGUGAGUCUUGCUGCCCUGGGGGUAUUCAGGGGCACUGGUGUGCAAGUUGCAUCGGAGCAUCUUGUGAGCUGAUCCAGUGGCGCAGGCUAGCCAAACUCUAGAGCUGACUGGGUCUCCGAUGGCAGUGGGGCUAAAGGAGAGACCAAAGACCCUGUUUUGGAGCAAAGGCAUUGUAUCACUACAGCAAAAGCAAUGUAGUGAUCACAGCACAGCUGUGCUGUUAAAUUUACCCAAAAGAUGGCCAUAAUUAUUAGUAUGUGUCUUGGCAUUAGCCAAAGGGAAGGGGUUAACUUGCUCCUCUCCCUCCGAUUUUGCAAGAAGAGGAAGCUCAUAAAUGCUUCAUAAGAGAAACUGGAGCAUCGGGCAGCAGUGGAAGUAGUGGUAGCAGUUCUAGCACAAUUCAGGAAAGGGACCUCCGUGCAAUAACAGUCAGAAUGAGGUCAGUCCCCGUGCAGGCCCAUCAGUGUGGAUGUUCCCACGACGCGUGGAUGCACGUGAUGCCUUUCUCCUCACAACUGCCUUGGGGACCUAGUCAGGAAAGCUCUUUUGUACAGGUUGGUGCAGGCGUUUCCACACUUGUAUUUUCCUGCCUCUGAAGAGAGGAACCAGCUGUAACUCUAGCAAUGUGAGCUUUUGGUUAAAUUGUUAUUCCAGUGCAAUCAAUAACUCUCACCAACCCUUGCUGAACCUGCAGUGACACUUGCUAGGGGAACGAGGAGAUGCACAGGUUGCCUGCUCUGUAUCUUACCACAGGCUGGCUUGCUCUAACUUCUUUUCAUUGAGCAAGGUUCCCUCUUGCCAGAUACUGCUGGGGAAAGACAGCAAAUGUGGCACGAUUUCAGUGGUGAUAAACCUCACCUGCUUCUUCAGCUGAAAUAGGAAUCAAGCAGGCAUGAUCAAGCAGGCAUGGUGCCAGAUGUCAUGAGGUGGUAACAAGAUAAUGACUUAAGGAUGAAAGUUUUUUCAAAAGCACUUUUUCUGAGGACGUCAGUAGGAGCGGAUCAGUGCCCAUGUCCUUUAAAUCCCUUCCUAAACUGACAAGCACUUUGUGGGGGAAAGGGAAGCGACCCUCCAGAAGGAAGGUCGGGGCCUGUCUGCUCCCUCCAACCUGGCUUCGGGCAGAGGAAGAAGGUCUGCAAUCAGUGCCUUUGCUAAAGCAUGUCCUUUCACCAAGGAGCAUCUGCAGCUCAGAAGAAAUAGAAAGAAACCAAUUACGUUGAUCUAAGGAAGGCUUGUCCCUCUGUCCAGCUCAGCUCAGCAAUGAUAUGCGGCCUGGGGAAGCUGCAUUUGAAAAUCAGAUUAACAAACAAAAACGUGGCUCAGUUUAGAAAAAAAAAAAAAA